GCAGGCUUCUGCAUACAAACACACGCACAAGGGUCAGGCAUCAGUGUUUGAGCCUGUAAACGCUGAAUCCAGACCAGCAGUUGCAAGUAUGAAAGCCAUUGUCCUGCUGGUGUUGUUGGCCCAAGGGAUCCUUCUUGUGCAGUCCACUCCAGAUAGCUCUGCGGAGAGGGGGACAGAAGAGCCCAUCCCAUGUUCAAAGUCAUGCACCUGUCAUUACGAUGACUACAGCCUGGAGCUCAAUGGCUACUGCAGCUUCAAAAACUUGACCCAGAUACCAAAUGACAUGCCGACAUCCACCCAUUCACUUUGGCUAGAUGGAAACUUAUUCACGUCACUCCCCGCUAACUCUUUCAAAGAUCUUUCUAACCUGGAUUUUCUAAACCUUCAAAGUGGACAGCUGGCCACCAUUGACACCCAGGCCUUUCGCGGACUAAGAUCUCUCGCUCAUGUCCAUCUUGAGAGAAAUAGACUAAGAACUUUGCCAGGAACAGUUUUCCAAAGUACACCAAAUCUUGCCUCACUGAGUCUUCACAAUAACCAGCUCACUCGCAUUGAGGAAAGGCUUUUUGCUGGACUGUCCAACAUGUGGCUCCUGAACCUGGGCUGGAAUUCCAUAGCAGUGCUCCCGGAGACGGCAUUCCAGGACCUCCAUGGCCUGCGAGAGCUGAUACUGGCUGGGAACAGGCUGGCCUACCUGCAACCUCAGCUUUUCCAAAAUCUCAUAGAACUAAAAGAGCUAGAUCUAACUGGAAAUUUUAUUAAGGUGAUCAAAGCUAACGUGUUUAUCAAACUUACCAAACUACAAAAGCUGUAUCUGGCUCAGAAUCAGAUUGUUACUGUGGUACCAAGAGCUUUUAUGGGCAUGAAGUCUCUGAGAUGGCUAGACCUUACAAAUAACAAACUAACCGCUUUGCAUGAUGAUACUUUCCUGGGUCUUCAUAGUCUACAUGUGUUACGUCUGUCCAAUAACACAAUUAAUGCAAUACGUCCGAGAACUUUCCGUGACCUGCAGUAUUUAGAAGAACUUCGGCUCAGCUACAACAGAAUCCGAUCUUUGGGAGAAAGAAUUUUUGAAGGACUUGGUCAUCUUGAAGUGCUCGAACUAGAUCACAACCAAGUCCAGGAGGCACACGUGGGUAGUUUUGCAGGGCUGUCCCACGUCGCAGUUAUUAACCUUUCAGGGAGUUGUUUCAUCACACUUCCAGACCAGGUUUUUAAAGGCUUACCAAAACUUCACAGCCUCCACUUGGAUAGAGGUUGCCUUACCAGAAUAACUUCUCAAGCUUUCACUGGACUUUCGGGUCUACGCCGGAUAUUUUUACAACAUAACAAUAUCUCUGUGAUAGAACGCAACAGCUUUGCCGACAUGGCUGGCUUAUCAGGUUUAGAUUUGCGUUCAAACAAACUAGAGAUCUUAAGUGUCCAGGCAUUCUCUGGACUAAAAAGUUUAGAGUAUUUGCUUCUGUCCAACAAUGAAUGCCAACUGUUGGCGCUGAAUGAUACAAAGCAUGUUCUCCCUAAACUCAGAUAUAUUGACCUUAGAAACAAUGCCUUGGCUAACUUGUUCCCAGACUUCCCAUCGACCAUGGAAAAACUUCUUCUCUCUGGAAACCCCUGGAGAUGUGACUGCAAUGCUCUCCCACUCAGGAAAUACAGCCAGGCGAAUGUUUUGGUUGUUCCGCGACAACUGGAGACUCAUGCAGAGGGUGAAGAGCCAGAUACUACCAUUACAAUAUACAACAACAUUACAUGCACUAGCCCAACUCGACUGGCAGGACAGGAUCUACGGGACAUAAACAGUGAACAUUUUCAGAGCUGCUAGUCUGAUAGUUAUAUUUUUGUGAUUUCAAAACUGAAGGAAAAAAAAAAAAACACAGAGAGCACAGAGAGCUUUACACAUUUCACGUACAAGUUUAGAAUUAGACAGAAACAAAAUCAAUGAAUAUGCACUUUUUAUGAUACGGUAGGCUAUGAUGAUGAUGACCUAUACACUAAUAUCAUCAUUGUUAUCAUUGUAAGCGCUUCGAGUGCUAUAAAAAUUGUGAGCAUUUACCAAUGUUUACAGAUCUACAGGUAAUUAGCCAUUAAUGUUGUGCAAUAUAUUCCAUUUCUGAUCUCUGAUGUAAUAAGGAAUAUCUGGUCAAGGUAAUUUGUGAUUUUAUGUUUGCUUUUGGCAUUAGUUUGCACUGCUGUUCAAAAAUAUUGAGCAAUAAAAAUAACAAGUAU